AUGGAACUGAAUUAUAGCGAACUUUUCGAUGAUCUAGAAGUCUACGAAAAUCGGGCGAUUCAAUAUCCUUACAUACCCUUACAGAGCCCACCUAAGCCUGUAAUUAGGAAGCCCAACGAAGCCUUUUAUGUACACCUCCAGGAUGCGGUGCAGGAGCAGUAUCCGGCAUUUGUUAUGGCCUAUCGCCGCAAGUUUAACGCAAAGACCACGGAGCAGAGACACCAAAGAGCCGAGGAGUGCAGGAAGCAUUUCAUUAAUCAGCGCGUGGAUCGACUCUCGAGCAGAUUAGCCAAAGUGGCAUUGCUGACCUCUGACUACCAUGCCAAGCGGAACAACAGCUGGUUAACGUUGCGGAAUCACUCGGUGCAGGACAUGCAGAAACAUCUGCAUAAACACCAGCUCAAGUUGAUGAUGCGCGUGAGGCAACUACGUGCCCAUAAUAAGCAGGUGCAAAAGCGCAGCGAACUAUUGCGAUAUAGAAACUAUCUGACACGCAUUGCACUGCAGCAUGACGAGAAACGGAAACGCAUUGGAAUAUUUUAG